CACACACUCACUUCACACCACCUCGCCAUGCCGCCACGACUGCUCCUCCCCGUCGCGGCCGCGUGCAUCGGCAGCGCGGCGCCCCGGGCGGCGUUCGUGCUCCCGCUGUCGUCGCGCGCACUGCACGCGCUCGCGCGUCCGACGGCUGCCGCGCCGCGCGUGAUGCCGACCCUCACGCGCCACCUCGCGAGCCAUACCGACGACCCGAAGUACCAGCCCGGCGCCGGCAGCCGCGGCAAGCCGGCCGAGUCGACGUCCGAGCUGCUCGAGCGCCUCGAGGCCGAGGCGCGCCGCCGCGCCACCGCGGCCGACGCGCAGCGCGACCAUGCUGGCCCUUUUCCACUCGGCGUCGGCGCUAGCGGCCGCAAGAAGCCGUGGAAGGCUUGGUCCGACCUCGGGGUGCGCGGGAAGAUUGGACGCGCGUUCAGGCAGAGCGGUAACCUCGCGAUCAUCCUCGUCGGCGGUGGCCUGUUUGUCAUCUUGACGAUCGCGCUCACGACCGAGCUGUUCGCCAAGAACUCGCCGAGUGUGCUCUACUCGCAGUGCAUUGACAUGAUCCGGGAUUCUGACGCGCUCAACGGCUACCUCCUCCCACCGCUCUCGUACACUCACUCGCCGCACUCGUCGGCACCUACGCGCGGGUCCGCACCCGUCGUGCACCGCGCGGUGCGCCACCCCAUCUCGGGGCGCGACCACCUGCUCAUCACGUUCUGGGUGCACGGGCGGGGGCGGGACGAGCCCGAGCCGCUGUCGUGGGCGAAGAAGUGGUGGGCCAAGGCCGAGGGCUGGGCACGGCAGGGCGCGUAUCUCCUCGGCGUUGCGAGCGAGCCUGUCGAGCCGGCCACGGAUAUCGUGCAGCCUGUCACGGCCGCCGCCGGUGCUGCCGGAGAGAGCAAGGACGCGAGCAGCCCCGGCCUGCUGGGCCGCUGGGCGUCGUCGCUCAGCUUGCGGGGUGCCGCGUCGGCUGUGCGCAGCGUGACCAAAUCCGAGCCGCCGGGAACGUACAAGAUCGGCGAGGUCCGCGCCGACUACGUCAAGAACGCCGCGGGGCACUUUACGCUGCUGUCGCUUGUCGUCGACGUGCCAAGCAGCCGGGCGCCGCACCCCGGCCGCGCGACAGUCUACUGGAGCCCCGAGGCGGACCGCGAGGGCCUGAUCAGCCGCCAUCGAUGAGCGAGGAGGAGCAAGAGAUGCAUCACUUCUUUCGCAAAGCGUCGUGUAUGGCUGCUCGUUGUGCGUGUAUGGCUCGUGGAAGUAGCAGUGUUCAACGACGAAGAUCCCGGAACGACGACGUGAGGCACGAGAGCUAGUAGGAAUGCCGAUGUCUGGGGAGG